AAGAUCUGCUUACAGUUUUGCAUCUAUCUCAAUUCUCAACAUGGUUCCCUCAAAAUUGCAAACUCCCAAGAACAGCCAUUUUACCAAUGUUUCCACAGCCUUGUUGCUCUUGGCUCUGCUUCUUGCUAGCCUACACACCACAGGUGCCCAAAUCGGAGUUUGUUACGGGAGGGUAGGCAGCAACCUGCCACAACCGGGCGAAGUCGUAGCACUCUUCAACCAGAACAACAUCCGAAGGAUGCGACUCUACGACCCGCACCAACCUGCACUGGACGCCCUGAGGGGGACGGACAUCGAGCUCAUGCUUGACGUCCCCAACGACCAGCUCCCGUCGGUCGCCUCCAGUCAGGACGCCGCCGACGCGUGGGUCAGAGACAACGUCGCCGGGUACGCCGCCGCCGGCGUCCGGUUCAGGUACAUCACGGUCGGGAACGAGGUCGACCCGGCCGACGGCCGGUUCGCCCCGUUCCUGUUCGGGGCGAUGCAGAACAUCCAGACCGCACUGAACGGUGCCGGUCUGGGCGACCGGGUCAAGGUCUCGACCGCCUUCAAGUACAAUGUCAUGGGCAAUGCCUUCCCGCCGUCUGAUGGAUCAUUCAACCUGCAGUACCGCAGCCUCCUCGAUUCGAUCCUCCCCUUCUUGAGGAACAACAACUCCCCGAUGAUGUUGAACCUGUACCCGUUCUUCAGCUACCGCGACAAUCCGGGCAAUAACCCGGGCCAGAUCCGGCUCGAUUACGCAACCUUCACCGGUCCGCCCGGUUUGGUCUCCGACCCGCCUCUGAGCUACAGUAACUUAUUCGACGCGAUGCUUGACGCGACUUACUCUGCUCUAGAGAAGGAAGAGAUGGGGUCUCUGAACAUCGUGGUGUCCGAGACCGGUUGGUCGUCGGCCGGUGGUGGGGAUGCCACGACGGUGGAUAAUGCGAGGGCUUACAACUACAAUUUGGUUCAACAUGUUAAGGUUGGGACCCCGAAGAGGGCUGGGCCGAUUGAGACGUACAUUUUUGCAAUGUUUGAUGAAGGGGACAAGGAACCGGAAUUGGAGAAACAUUUUGGCCUUUUUAGCCCGGAUAGGCAGCCCAAGUACCCGAUGAAUUUCAAUUGAACGGCGGCAAUGGUUUGAUUAUAGAGAGAGAUUAUGCAUAACAUAAGCUUAAUUAUCUGUUAUGAAGUUGUGGGUAAAAUAUAUAAGAGAGCAUGAGCUUUGUUCCCUCCCUAAUAUCUACAAACUAUACAGGGAGCACAAUGUCUUUGUGUCUGGGGCGAAGGAUAAUGAAAUACUAUACUAUUUAUGUAUUGAUGUGGCAUAAUGUUCUUUUCGUUAUGCAUAAAUAUUAU